CAUAUAUUAUUAUUUUUUAUACAUUAUUUAUUUAUUUACAAAUUAUUUUGUGAAAAAGUACAUUUAUUUGUCUUCCAAUAACUGCCACUUGGUCAUGCGCAAAUAAUUACCUUUUUUUUCUGUUUGCAUAAGUAAUCUUUUAUAGUCUGUGUUAGAUUAUUUCAAAUCUAAAUCAAGACUAAAAUAACAGUACAGUUAGAUGUAAACAAUUUCAAUUUUACAUUGGGUGCUAAAACAUGAAUUGUCAUUAACCUGUUAUACAGUAAUAUGGAUGGAUUUUUUUGGUAACUUCAUCUUUAAAUGGCUAACGUCCGUCUAGUAAUUUUAACGAUUUUCAAAGAAUAUCAUUUCAUGAAUUUCAAGUAUGACUUGUCCAGUCCAGUGUUAACAUUUUUGCUUUGAGAGCAAAGAGGUUGGAAGUUUUUAAUUGUAAUAAACCAAAAUUGCAGCUGUACAUUAAUGGAUGUACAUUAGAAGCAGGAACACAUCUCCAUAUAUAUCCAAAUAAUAAACUGCACAGCUGAAAGUCAGUAUAAUGCACUGGUGACUUGAUUAUAUAAAGUAAUUCAUGGUAAUGAGAAAAGUCCUUCAAGAGUGGUUUUCAGUACAGUACUGAAAAGGAUGCUGAUCAUGUUUUAUGACUUUAUUAGUAAUUCCUUGAACAGAAUGUCCAAAUAUUUGCCCUCUGUAAACAGUAGUUUAUCUUUCCCGACGCUGGGCUCUAGUACCAUUUCCUGCACAAUAUUGCUUGAAUAGGUUAACAAACUUGGUUCUUUAUAUAUAUAAAAAAAGCUUAUCUAAAAAACGCUGAUAACAAAAAUGAUAGUGCCUUUUAAAGAAUUUGCAAGGUCAAACACAAAAACAUUCAGCUCUGCUAAAUUGUUUAUCAAAGUUCAAGGACAGAAUCCGCAUUACAUAAUACAAUAAACACUGACUUUUUCCACCCAAAACAGUUUUAUCUUCCAUUACAUAAACACAGGAUCUGUGAAAAUCAAUCAUCAUACAGUAUGUGGACUGAACAGAGCUUCUGUUUAAAAGUCCAGUUUUUUUCUUCUUUCCUUAAUGGAAACCUGGGCACAUCUUUUUCCAAGACUAAAGUUAUGUGAAACAGACUGCUGUUUUUUUUUUUUUUUUGUAGCCUUACACCUGCUGUUAUGGUCUGCAUGAUGCAAUUGUGCUUUUACUUCUCUGGACACCAAAAAGGAUUUUUCAUGAGAUUAUUAGGGUUACAUUUCAUUAUCUAAUAAAUGUACAUUACCAAAUGUGACCCUGGACCACAAAACAAGGGUCAAUUUUUUUAAAUUGAGAUUUAUACAUCAUAUGAAAGCCGAAUAAUUGAUGUAUGGUUUGUUAGGAUAGGGCAAUAUUUGGCUGAGAUACAACUAUUUGAAAAUCUGGAAUCUGAGGGUGCAAAAAAAAAAAAAAUCGCUUUUAAAGUUGUCCAAAUGAAGUUCUUAGAAAUGCAUAUUACUAAUCAAAAAUUAAAUUUUGAUAUAUUUACGGUAGGAAAUUUACAAAAUAUCUUCAUGGAACAUGAUCUUUACUUAAUAUCCUAAUGACUUUUGGCAUAAAAGAGAAAUCGAUAAUUUUGACCCAUACAAUGUAUUUUUGGCUGUUGCUACAAAUAUAACCGUGCUAUUUAUGACUGGUUUUGUGGUCCAGGGUCAGAAAUAGUUAUAAUAAACCAUUUUUAAAAAUUUUGAUUAACUUAACAUGGUAGAAAAUUAGUAAUACUGUGAUGUCAGGGAAUAGGCUGGAUUCAGAUGCGGGAAUAACAGAGGCUUUAUUGAGCAGACAAUAAUAACAAUAACAGGCGAGGAGCGCUCCCGCAGAUGGCUUGCGUGGAUGUGGGAUUUCCUACACACACAGCUGGGUGGAUGGUAGCGGCUGGAGCAAGCCACAACAGAGGAGACGGAGCCGCCAAGGCUGUUCGCUAUCCCGAGCGAGAGGUAGAGCGAUCCACUAGCGAGUCUGCAAAGACCCAGGAAUGGCGGAAGCCAAGGGAGCCCACAGGAAUCUGAGUGCACAGAAAUUUAACUAGCAGCAACGAGCACUGGAGCCUGAACAGAGCAAGACAGGACAGGACAGGUAAACGAUACAACUAGAGACAGUCAGAACAAUGGAACUAACCAAACAGUCUGACAAAAGACGGAGUAACACAGGGAGCUAUAAAGGGAAGGCUAAUGAGAUGACUAGAACCAGGUGUGAAACAAGAUGAGCUAACAAGCAGAGAAACAAGGAGGGCGGGGAAACAAUCACGCUGAAAAUGCGCACGUGGCGAGCUGUCAAAACAAAGUCACGUACACAACAUCUGAACACAGAGACAGAAAACCCAGUUCUGUCUCCAGAACCUAAUGCUCUCGUUGAAACUCUACGCAAACUCCACAUUCUGCACGAUGAGCAGUACGCACAACAGACCAGACUUUAUGAAUACUACAAACCUCCAGAGAACACGCUGGUGCUGCCACUGUCCAAACAGAACAAGAGGAUUGUAUAUACAGUUUUAGAGUACUCUCCCCUCCUCGACUCCUGCAAUAUGACCACAGAUGACUGGGCCACUAUUGGAAAAGACCUUGAGAAACACUACGAACAAUAUGAUGGUUUUGUCAUCCUGCACGGCACAGACACAAUGGCUUACACCGCCUCUGCCUUAUCCUUCAUGUGUGAGAACCUGGGAAAGCCUGUCAUCCUCACUGGCUCACAGGUGCCCAUCUAUGAGAUGAGGAAUGAUGGGAGGGACAACCUCUUGGGGGCGCUGUUGAUAGCAGGACAGUUUGUCAUCCCAGAGGUUUGCCUCUAUUUUCAUCAUAAGCUGCACAGGGGCAACCGUGUCACCAAAGUGGAUGCUGGAAGUUUUAACGCAUUUACCUCACCAAACCUGCCGCCAUUAGCCAAUGCUGAAGUUGACAUUAAAAUUAACUGGGAUACUGUGUGGAGAGCCAAUACAACCUCCAAAUUCACUGUCAACACACAAAUGAACCGUAAUGUGGGUCUCCUGCGACUCUUCCCAGGAAUCACUGCUGAUACAGUCAGGGCCUUCUUGCAGCCUCCUAUGGAUGGGAUCGUACUGGAGACCUACGGCAGUGGUAACGCUCCUGACAACCGUGCUGACCUGCUGGAUGAGAUCCGUAAAGCGACCCAGAGAGGAGUCAUCAUGAUCAACUGCACCCAGUGCCUCAGGGGCUCGGUCACAACCUCAUACGCCACCGGCCAGGCUCUGAGUGAUGCCGGUUUGGUUGCUGGGUGUGAUAUGACCCCAGAAGCUGCUCUUUCAAAACUCUCUUAUGUGCUGGCAAAACAAAACCUCAGCAUAGAAGAGAAGAAAAAGAUGCUGAGUCGCAAUUUGCGUGGUGAGAUGAUAGCUGACCUGGGCGGAGCAAAGCUUUCUCUCAGUGACAGUCGAUUUAUUCAGGUCAUCGCCAAGUCCCUCAGCAUUAGCUGUAAAGAGGAGCUUGAAGCCAUUCGAGAUGCACUAACGCCCACUCUGGUCUGUGUUGCUUCUAAAAUCGGAGACAUUGAAGCUUUAGAUGCCAUAAGGGAAAUGGGUACUGACUUGAGCAUGGCAGAUUAUGAUGGCCGCACUCCCCUGCACAUCGCCGCGUGUGAGGGCCAUCUGAAAGUGGUGGAGUAUCUGCUGGGUAAAGGGGCCACUGUCUAUGCCAGGGAUCGCUUUGGUGAUACACCUCUUCGCAAUGCUAUUCGCUUCAGGCAUAAGGAUGUUGUGAAACUGCUGAGGAAGACUGGAGCUCAUUUUUCCCGGGAGGAAAUGGAGGAUGCUGGAACGGAGUUGUGCAGUCUUGCGGCGAGUGGCGACUUAGAAGCAUUGGAGAUUUGGCAGUUAGCUGGGGUUGAUAUGACCAUGUGCAGUUAUGAUGGACAGACGCCCAUUGAAGUGGCAACAGCCACUGGAUGUGAGGAGGUUGUUAAGUUCUUAAAGCAGGCUACUCUGUACCAAACUCAGCAUCAGACAGAUGAUGGUAAUGAGGUAAAAAGUCAUUUCACUCAUCAGAGUAAAAAUAAAAAUACAUCUGUCAUUUCAUUUCAUGUGGAAAAACAAUCUCUCUAUGCAUAUAUACACACACACACUCAGUAUUUAUUGUUUAAAAAAUGUGCAUGCUUCAGAGUGAUGUGGAAGUGCUUGAAAGGUUGUGAGUUGAUUUCUCACAGAAAAACAGGUUUUGGCAUACAGUAAUUAAUUUUGAAAGGCAUUAUUCAUUACCUUCAGAUACACAGUGAGUAAGUGGUCCUGUAUUGUAAAACAUCCAUCGCUGUGAUGAAGACUUGUAAGUGCAUGUGCUCAUGUUCAGUCUUUGUGGCAUGAUUGGUGUGUAAGUGAAGUUACCAAAAAUCAACAGCUAAGUUAACAAAAAAUCCCUCGUCUUUUUC